ACACUUACAGCCUGCCAACUCAGUUACAUGGGAAAAAAAUCACUUUGAAAAAUACUUUACCUUUCUCAUACUAUGUGCUUCAUAAGCCCAAAAGACGUUUUACUUUCCCGUGCUGUGAGACUCUACUUCUAUGUAUUGACAAGGACCUGAAGUAAGGAGCAGCGCAUGCGCCAAGCACCCUAAGCCUGCGAAGCGUGUGACCGGCCGGAGUGCCACCGUUCCUAGCUUUCUCUGGUUGUGGAGGAGGCUUCCGGGCUCCGUCUUGGGCCGCCAUGGGGAAGGUGAAUGUGGCCAAGUUGCGCUACUUGAGCCGGGAUGACUUCAGGGUCCUGAUCGCGGUUGAAAUGGGCAUGAAGAACCAUGAAAUAGUUCCCUGCAGUUUGGUUGCUUCUAUAGCCAGCCUUAAACAUGGUGGCUGUAAUAAAGUUUUAAGAGAAUUAGUGAAACAUAAACUCAUAGCUUGGGAGCGUACCAAAACUGUCCAGGGCUAUCGGUUGACAAACGCAGGCUAUGAUUACCUAGCUUUGAAAGCGCUUUCUUCUAGACAGGUAGUUGAGUCUGUUGGAAACCAGAUGGGUGUUGGCAAAGAAUCUGAUAUUUAUAUUGUUGCAAAUGGAGAAGGUCAGCAAUUUGCAUUAAAGCUUCACAGACUGGGAAGAACCUCCUUUCGAAAUCUGAAAAACAAGCGUGAUUACCAUAAACACAGGCAUAACGUGUCUUGGCUUUAUUUAUCUCGUCUUUCUGCCAUGAAAGAAUUUGCCUAUAUGAAGGCAUUGUAUGACAGGAAAUUUCCAGUUCCAAAGCCAAUUGAUUAUAAUCGCCAUGCAGUGGUUAUGGAACUCAUAAAUGGCUAUCCCCUAUGUCAGAUACACCACGUUGAAGAUCCUGCAUCAGUGUAUGAUGAAGCUAUGGAACUAAUUGUCAAACUAGCAAAUCAUGGGCUAAUUCAUGGAGAUUUCAAUGAAUUCAAUCUCAUUUUGGAUAAAGAUGACCACAUCACCAUGAUUGAUUUUCCACAAAUGGUUUCAACUUCGCAUCCCAAUGCUGAAUGGUAUUUUGACAGAGAUGUUAAAUGCAUUAGAGAGUUCUUCAUGAAGCGAUUCAGCUAUGAAAGUGAGCUUUAUCCAACCUUUAGUGAUAUCAGGAGGGAGGACUCUCUUGAUGUAGAGGUUUCGGCCAGUGGCUACACAAAGGAAAUGCAGGCAGAUGAUGAACUGCUUCAUCCAGUAGGUCCAGAUGAUAAAUAUACUGAAACAGAGGAGGGAUCUGAAUUCUCAUUUUCUGACGAAGAGGUACCAGAAAAAGCAAAGGUUUAUAGGUUAGAAAAUCAAAGUGAACGAAACUCUGAAGAUGAAUCAGUUCACUGCUGUUGCAGCUCAUCUGGAGACCUUGAAGAAAUAAAGGAAGACAAUUUGUCAGAGAAGAGUGCUGAUGCACACAAUUUUGAAAUGACUGGAUUCAAUCAAGCUUUAGAAGAAAUAAAAGGGCAGGUUGUUGAAAACAAGUCUGUAACUGAAUUUUCGGAGGAGCAAAACAAAACUGAAAAUGACACGAGGCAAGAUGGUAAGACAGGUCCAGGAGGAAUCCCCACAGGCUCUGAAGAGGAUGAAGAUGAAUGCCCUCAUCGCAUUGCCUUGUCGUCAUUCAACAAAGAAUUCAGGCCUUUCAGAGAUGAAGAAAAUACGGAAGAUACUAAUCAAUAUAGAACGAGAACGCUGAGUAUUACUUCUGUGGGUAGUGUUUUAAGCUGUUCAACAAUUCCUCCGGAAGUGGUGAAGCAGAAAGUGAAACGUCAGUUGACAAAACAGCAAAAAUCAGCUGUCAGACGUCGAUUGCAAAAAGGAGAAGCAAACAUAUUUACCAAGCAACGAAGAGAAAACAUGCAAAAUAUUAAGUCAAGCUUGGAAGCAGCUAGCUUUUGGGAAGAGUAAUAUAUUUAAGAUCUUGAAUAUUUUUCAGAAAGUUGCUAUGAUCCCUUUUUAAGCCACCUUUAGUCUUUUUUGGACCAAGACAGAUAAAUAAACCCUCUCUCAUGUAUGAA